UACCAGAACAGUGGUUGGAUUUGUUGCUGAAUUUGGCUGCCACGUAGUUGGCGUUCCAGCCAUGUACUUGGUACUGAAUUUUAUGGAAAUUUGUUUUUUGUGAAUUUUAUGGGCAAGUGAACUAUUGUCCAUCAAAAUGAUUCUUUUUCCUGUUUGUUCGAUAAUGUCCUCACUGUUUGUGUUUGUCACUGCGGGGAAACUGCCAGAGCCAGAAGUGAAAAUUGAAGUUAUACAUAAACCCUUCAUGUGUUACCGUAAGUCAAAAUAUGGAGACAUGCUUCUUGUUCAUUACGAUGGAUUCUUGGAGAGUAAUGGCACCAUGUUUCAUUCCAGCCGCAAAGAUGGAGAUAAAAAUCCAGUGUGGUUCACUCUUGGGACCCGAGAGGUGAUCAGUGGUUGGGAUAAGGGUCUGCAGAACAUGUGUACAGGAGAGCGCAGGAAGCUGACCGUCCCUCCAUCUCUGGCAUAUGGCAAGGAAGGAAAAGGGAAGAUCCCUCCAAGCAGCACCCUAAUUUUUGACAUUGAGCUCAUGGACAUCCAAAAUGGUCCCAGGUCACAUGAGUCCUUCCGAGAGAUGGAUCUAAAUGAUGACUGGAAGCUCUCCAGGCAGGAGGUGAAAGAGUACCUGAAGAAAGAAUUUGAGAAACAUGGAUACUCACCUAAUGACACCCAUCAUGAAGUGAUGGUGGACGACAUUUUCAAAAACGAGGAUGAAGAUCAAGAUGGUUUUAUAUCUACGAGGGAAUUUGUCUACCAACACGAUGAGCUGUAAAAGACUGCGUUCAUCUGCUUUUUAUAGACUACAAACUACUGUUUCUUUGACAAUUUUUCCCAUUGAAAUUGUGAGAUUAAUUCAGGAGUUGUGAAUUACUUACUAUGCAGUAUUCCAUAGAACUCUUUUUUACACUGCGUUUGAACCGUAUUGUCUCACUCUUGGUUUAACUUGAAUACAUCAGCUCCAUUUGUGUCAUUUUAUAGGAGACCAGGUCUGUAAUUUAUUUAUAUUUCCAUUCACCGUGCACUGAUAAUGUCACCACAGAUGUAUUUAGGUUACAGUGUUGCAAAAAUUCAUUUCAUUAAAUAAAUGUUUUCAAAAUUAAAAUAUAUGAGGUAAAUAUACUUAUUUAGUAUCUUUACAAUGCAUGUGCCUAAAAUAACCUGUGCAUGCAGGGAGCCUUGGUGAUGCUCCAUGGUGGUAAUUUCUUUUUUGUACAUGUCUCCAUUAAUCACUAGAGGGCACUCUUAUCCUAGACUUUUGCAUACAAAUUUUGACAGUAAUAAUGUUCUGUCAGUGGUGCCUCUCAGUUUCUAGCAGACAAAAUUAUCAAAGUGAGAUGAUAUGAGGAAUAAAUCAUUAAAAGUAUGAAGGAGGCAAAUUCUGUGUUGUGC